AUGUCCACCCAAUCCUUGAGCUCGUUACUCUCCAGGGCGUCCAUUGACGAUCAUGAAGAAGUCCUUCGCUCAUGCGAUGCUGCGCUAGCCAAAUCCAAGUCCGACCUCCAGGCUCAACAUGUGAAGGUGGUCGCUUUGUUAAAACUUGACCGCUACGAGGAUUGUCUACGUGUUCUCGAAGAUGGCGGGGACAAAUUGAAGCAGAAGGCUGCCCUGGAAUACGGUUAUGCUCUAUACAAAACCGGAAACCCGGAUGUAGCCAUUGAUGUGGUUUCGGGUCUGGCCGACGACCGGGGCGCACGCCAUCUGGAAGCCCAGGCUACGUACCGGGCCGAGAAAUUUCGUCGCACAGCGGAAAUAUACCAAGGACUCGCUCGGGAUUCGGUGUCAACGGCGAACGAGGAGCAUGAUUUGCGAAUUAACUCUUGGGCGGCGGAUGCACAAUUGCAGUGGAAGGGCCACCCUGAGUCUGUUCGCCAUACCAGGCCUACGAGGGACGACCUAGAGGCGUUUGAGACGGUCUAUAACGCCGCUUGUCUAAGCAUUGCGAAGGGGGAAUUCGACCAAGCUGGGAUUCUCUUGAAGCGUGCUAAAGAGCUUUGCCGCACUUCAGAGGAUCUUACCCCAGAAGAUAGAGACGCCGAACUGCUUCCGAUUGCUGUGCAGCAGCUGUAUGUUCUGAUCUGCCAAGGGAAGUCGGAGGAGGCGGAGUCCAUACUGGAAGAAAUAUCAGUCAAAGAAAUCCCCGAGUUGUCGACGAGAAGAAUUGGUCAGAACAAUGCUACGAUCGCCCGCGGAACGUCGGCAAACCCAUAUGCUCUCUACAAGGCACUCCACGAAGUGCCCGACUCUACGAAUAAUGACAAGCUAUUCGACUACCAGCAUAAUGUCAUAACGGGCAACCUUCAUGCGGUCGACCUUCUUGUCCACAAAUAUGAUGGUAUCAUUCGAUCUACUUCCAAGGCUCUUUCCCGGGCUCCAUAUCCAUCCACAGAUGCUAGCACCAACCUCCUAUCAGUCUACAACGCAGCGGCGCAUGCAAAGGGCGAGACGGGGGCACCAGCGCUAAAGGCAAUCCUGGCCGCGGUUGAAAGACGACCAAAAGAUUUUGGCCUAGUGCUUACUGCAGUACAAAUUUACGUCAACCUGGGCAAUACCACGUCCGCAAUAGCCACCUUAGAGAAAUCGCUCCAGCUCGUCGACGAGUCCAUCUCUGAACAGGACAAGGAAAUUCGCUUUAAUCCCGGCUUGCUAAGCGUUCUUAUCGCCCUGUACAGACGCGAGGGCCGAAAGACGCAGAUCAGAUCCGAACUGGCCAAGGCCGCAGCAUUCUGGAGAGGCCAAGCUACCCAGCCCCCAUCAUUGCUCCGGGCAGCAGGCGCAGCUCUACUGCACUCUUCGCUCACAUCGGAUUCAGCGCAAGCUGCAGAGUUAUUCAAAUCUUUGUACGAGAAGACACCAGACGAUCUGUUUGCCGUCGCUGGCUAUGUAGCCUCCCACGCAGCCAUUGACCACUCCCAAGUCGAAGCCCAAGCCAAAUACCUCCCCUCGGUUGACGACCUAAUUUCCGACGUCGACAUCGCCUCUCUCCAGGCCGCCGGUGUCUCCGCGUCCUCCUCUACGGCGGCUGCAACGGCGGCUGCAAUCGCCGGAGCAAGGAAGCGACCCGCAGCCAACAGAGACGGCGCCGUGAAACGGAUCCGCAAGUCCCGUCUCCCCAAGGACUUCGACCCCAGCAAGACUGCUGACCCAGAACGAUGGCUUCCUCUUCGUGAUCGAUCGACGUACCGGCCCAGAGGCCGCAAGGGCAAACAGCGCGCUGCUGAGCGGACACAGGGAGGAGUGGUCAGCGAGAAAUCGGAAGAGACUACGCCCUCUGGAGCUCAGCAGCAGAAGCCCCAAGGUGGUGGUGGGGGUGGUAACUCGAAGAAAAAGAAGAAGGGAAAGCGGUAG